AUGAGAAGGUUUUUCAAUGGUGGAAUUGUUUCACAAGAGAUUAUAGAGAGUGCUGAUUUGAGAGGAAAGACAGUUGUGGUGACUGGAGCUUUGAAAGGUGGGUUGGGAUUUGAGACUGCUAAAGUAUUGUACGAGUUGGGGGCUCAUGUAGUUUUGGCUGUUUUGGAUGAGAAGAAAGGAAACGAAUCGAUGAGUGAAAUUGUUAGAAAGAACUUGAUCGGAAGUGGAAGUUUGGAUGUCAUGGUUGUUGAUCUUUCUGAUUUGGCAUCUGUCAAGAAAUUUACAGAAAACUUCAAAGCAAAAUAUGACAAGAUUGACAUCCUACUUAACAAUGCAGGUGUCAUGCUCACACCACAUGGUGUUACCAAGCAAGGUGUAGAAAUCCAAUUUGGAAUCAAUCAUUUGGGUCAUUUCUUAUUGACACAUGAAUUACUUGAUUUGGUAAUGAAUGCAAAUGGACGAAUUGUAAACUUGUCAUCCAUUUGUGGUGAAUUUAUCAAGUGGAAAGAUCCUACUACCAAUUUCUCCAUUAACAGUGUUACUGGACCAUGCAAUUUCUCUCCAUCCAUCCAUUUAUACAAUCGUUCCAAAUUUGCAUGUGCAAUCAAUGCCAAAUGUCUUGACAGAUUUUUAUUGAAAGAGAAUGAUCAGAGUUUUGCUGUGAGUGUCCACCCAGGUGUAAUCGAAACUAAUCUAUUUACUCAUCGAACUGUUAUGAAAUAUGUCUUUCAUUUUGGAAAUAUGUUUCUCAAGAAACCAUUUUACGGAGCUCAGACAAGUUUAUAUGCUGCAUUAGCACCAAAGGACAAACUUUUGAGAAGUGAAUAUCAUGCUGAUUGUAAACCUAAAUUGAUAGAUUUGAAAUUGAGAAAUAGUUCAGAACUUCAGGAUAGAUUAUGGGAAACAAGUUUGAAAUUAUGUGAAAAUUACUUGGCUGUUCAAAGAAAGUUACCAAACGCCAUCAAGAAUAAACUGUAA